AUGCGCGAUGGUUCGGCCCCAACGCCCAUCACCACACCACUGGGCCCGACCUCCUCAGCUGCAAGCCACAGUGCAACUGUUGCCCAGGUGGAAAGGUGUCGUUUUCUGGCAACCAGGCUGCUAAGCCUCAGCCACAAAUACCGCUUAUCGCUGCUUGUGAUUCGACCGUUCGUAUUCACCAGCCACGGCGUCUCUCCUCUCGUGGUUGCUGACAUCGUGCCUGGAAUAGCCACCACCCGCUCGAACCUCCUUCCAGGGGGCAUACCUGUGGGCUUGAUCGGUGACGGCAGGGUAGAGUGUUUUGAAAUCUCUGCACUGGGGGUGAGUGCGCGCGAUAUUCUAACGUUCGACUCGCCCCAAUGCCUCCUGUCUGCCUUCCAGGCCCCGGCGAAUGUCCCCCUCGUGUUUAUUCUCGAUGCCUGGACCGCGCGCCAACACCUCCCAAUCGAUCGGGAAUCGACUUGUGCUCUCAUGGUCCCACUAGCCUUACCUUGGGUUAACGACUUGGUCAGCUUACCGACCAUUGUCUCCCACCGUCCCUGA